AUGAAGGCCGCUUUCUUUACCACCAUUGCCACCAUGGCCCUGUCUGCUUUUGCUGCUCCCGUCACCGACAACAAGGCUGUUCGAGCGGCCGGUGGCGCCUCAGACGCAGUGAAGACAGCUGAUGAGAUCAUCACCACUGGACUCGGCGUCAAGCAGAUCACCGAUGCCAUCACUACCACUCCCGGCAAGCGCCAGACCGACAUCGGUGGCCUUUCCGGCUUGACCUCCACCCUCAAGACCCUCCUCGAAACUCUCCAGGGCCAGUCUGGUGGCUUCAAGGAUAUUGCCGACCAAGUCAAUGCUGGCAAGCUCACUCCAGACCAGGGUGCCGAUGCCGCCAUCCCCGGAUUCCAGGACAUGCACUACUCCCUCACCGAGGUCGUCACCUCCCUCACUGGUGCUGCCGGCCUUGACGUCGCUGAUGGUGAUGUCGACACCGUUCUCAACCUCGUUGUCGCCCUCGUUUCCAUUGUUCUUGCCAACGUCAAAGUCAUCGUCACCGUCACCGGCCUCCGACCUCAGCUGAUCUCCCUCCUUCACUCUGUCUUCUCUAUCCUGUCUAGCUUGCUUGUCCUGGUCAUUGGCCUUGUCUCCGCCAUUCUUCCUGGUCUGAUUGCUGCCCUCACUCCUCUCCUGGCUGGUCUCGGCAACGGCCUUCUUGUCCCCGUCCUUACCCCUAUUGUUGCCCUUCUGGCCAGCCUCAGCCUCCCCACCAACCUGGCUUAA